UAGGCUGAAGUGAUUCAGGUUUUUGCGCCGAGCCAUAUAACUCGUGAGGGACGCAGCAAGGCUCAUCCAACAAUAGCAACAUAGGAAUGGACUACGACAAGCUCAAAGAGCAGUAUCGAAAUGCCUUUGACCCUUCUAGCUAUAAAGGUCUGGUGAAGAAAUUCGACUUUCUUUAUCUGUUCUACCAACGUCAGCUACAUCAACUCGUCAACAGUGACGUCCUCAAGGCCGGAGGAACUGUUUUGGACUUUGGUUGCGGUCCUACGCCGUUAAGCAUGUUCCCAAUGACCAAGAAGUUUCACGAGGUUGUACUGUGCGAAUAUCUCCAGCAGAACCGACGUGCAGUUGAGAAAUGGGUCAACAAAGAUGCUGAUGCUCUCGACUGGUCUUUCCUAGCAGAAUCUGAAGCACUACUUGAAGGUUACACCGACAUCAAGGCUGGAUGUUCUGAAAUCGAAGAACGCACAAGGAGGGCGAUUAAGCACAUUGUCCCCUGCGACGCCCACGAUAUUAGCGUUAUGCCGAAGGAGCACAGAGUUCAAUACGACGUCCUAACCACUUGUCUUUGCCUCGAAGCAGCAGCGGUGGACUUAGAGGCUUACAACAGAGUUGUUUCCAAUGUUGCUCAGUUGGUAAAACCAGGAGGUGUCAUUAUUCAGUGUGGACUCCUUGGCUGUAAUGACUACGGUGUCGGAAACGAAGAGUUCGCCUCCAUGUGCUUGACUGGCGAUAUUGUGAAAGCUGCCUUGAAAGGAGCUGGGUUUCACAUCAACCGUUGGGAAAACAUUGAAAUAAAGGCCGUUGAAGAUUAUGAUCACUCGUACGGCGACGCUUUUGUUGUUGUGGCUACGAAAAUAUAGUCUGUGUUUGCUGAACUAUAAAAUUUUCAUAUUCACGUGUGUCAUAUAGCUGUACUACGUGCUUCGUGUAACGCAAUUUGAAUAAAACUGUAAUGAAUGAC